AUGUCUUACGACACGAUGUCGUCAGUGAGUAGCACACUGCACACUACUAUAGUCAGGGAUAUCAGGUAUCGUCGAAAUUUAGCACAAGUCAUGACAUCCUAUGAUACAUCGUUUCCGCGCGACGAUCUGCUACCAAAAAAAGAGACUGCAGCUAUUUCCUACUUAAACAAGUUCCCUUCCUACAAUGGGCAGGGAACUGUCAUCGCAAUAUUCGAUUCUGGGGUGGAUCCUAGAGCACCUGGCCUUCAAGUCACAAGCGAUGGGAAAAGGAAAAUCAUAGAUUGCUUUGACGGAACGGGGUCUGGUGAUGUAACUCUGGUUCCAGCUGAGGUUAAAAAUGGCACCAUUACAGGUCUCAGUGGGAGAUCAUUAAAGAUUCCAGAUACUUGGACAAAUCCUAGUGGGGAAUACAAAAUUGGUUACAAAAGCCUUUACCAACUUUAUCCGACAGCUCUCAGGGAGAGAAUGCUCAAGGAUUUCAAAGAAAAUAAGUGGGACCCCAUGCACAAAAAAACACUUGCAGAGACAACCAAAAAAUUUCAGGCUUUUGAAUCUGCUAACCCAGAUUCUUCAGGGGCAGAGAAGGCAACUAAAGAAGAUUAUGAAAUGCAGAUUGAGAUGCUGAAUACUUUAGAAAAGAAAUUUAGCAAUUUAGGUCCAUGCUUUGACUGUGUUGUUUUCUAUGAUGGCCAACAUUGGAGAGCUUGUUUGGACACUUCAUAUGAAGGCCAACUGUCUCAAUGCAAACUAAUGGGUAUAUAUCGUGAGACAUUUGAUGUUGGCACUCUAUCUGAAGAGGAUCAGCUAUCUUAUUCCAUCAAUAUUUAUCCAGAGGACAAUAUUUUGGAAAUCGUCUCCAUGUGCUCUAGCCACGGAACUCAUGUUGCUUCCAUUGCUUCCGCUUGCUUUCCCGAUGAACCAGAAAAGAACGGUUUGGCUCCUGGUGCCCAAAUCGUCUCCAUUGCGAUCGGCGAUAAUCGUUUGGGAUCUAUGGAAACUGGGACUUCUUUAGUGCGAGCCAUGAUUAGAGUUAUUGAACAGACUCACUAUAAAGUAGAUGUCAUUAAUAUGAGCUAUGGCGAGCAUGCCCACUGGGCUCACUCAGGUCGACUAGGAGAGCUUAUGUCAGACGUUGUUAAUAAGUAUGGAAUCGUAUGGGUUGUCUCUGGAAGUAAUCACGGCCCGGCCUUGUCAACAGUUGGAACACCUCCAGCUAUUUCAUCUACAAGUCUUAUUGGUGUCGGAGCUUAUGUCAGUCCUGAAAUGAUGGCAGCUGAAUAUUCCCUACGAGAAAAGUUGCCGGGCAUGCCUUAUACGUGGUCAUCGAGAGGUCCGUGUAUGGAUGGAAGUAUGGGUAUUUCUAUAUGUGCCCCUGGUGGUGCUAUCACCUCGGUUCCUAAUUUUAUGCUGAGAGGCUCUCAACUCAUGAAUGGCACAUCUAUGGCAGCACCUCACGUCACUGGAGUUGUCGCUUUGCUGAUUUCUGGAUUGAAAGCCAGGGAAAUUCCUUCGUCUCCAUUUAGUAUCAAACGAGCUUUAGAACAAACUGCGGUAUUUCUAGAUGGGGUUGAAGUGUUUGCUCAGGGCCAUGGCUUGAUCCAAGUAGAUCGCGCAUUUGAUCAUCUUGUUGCCUACCAUAACCAACAGGAGCGUGAUGUUCGCUUUCACGUUACGGUGGCGAAUUCUGGUCCUUCCAUGAAAGGAAUUUACAUGAGGGAUAUGCCCACAUCGAAAUCUAAAGAGUUUGCCAUCACAGUCGAACCAUUUUUCCUCAACUGUGAAGAACGUGACGCAGAAUCAAAAAUUAAUUUUAACGUUCAUCUGUCUUUGGCGUGCAAUGCAUCGUGGGUGCAGAUUCCGAAACAUUUUGAUUUAAUGUACAUGGCAAGGGGUUUCUCCGUCAAGGUUGACCCCACAGGAUUGGCAUCUGGAGUUCAUUACACUAGUAUCAAGGCGUACGACUCCAGUUGUCCGGAAAAAGGCGCUGUUUUUGAAGUGCCAGUCACAGUUGUCAAACCCGAAACAGUGCACAAUGAAAUAUCGUACAAGAAACAGCACUUUGCAGCCGGUGACAUCCAACGUCGUUUCAUCAACGUGCCAGAGGGUGCCUCUUGGGCUGUUCUCACCAUUAAUCUUGAAAAUUUGGAGGCCGAAGCGAACAACGCAAGGUUUAUAGUGCACGCAGUUCAGCUCGUGCCUGAACUAAAUUGCAAAGCCGGAAUGGAAUUUUACAAAUUGAUUGAUCUCCAUGAACAUCCUAAUGCUCCUUUAGCGUUUGCAGUUAAGGGAGGUCGAGCUAUGGAACUGUGCAUGACCAAAUGGUGGGCCAGUCUGGGAACGGUUCAAAUCUCGUACUCGGUCUCAUUCCGUGGUGUUACAUGCAACAAUGGGAAUGCUGUGUCGAUGCACGCAGGCCAAGGAAUUUUGAGACUCGAUCUUCAAGCUAAUCUGGCUAACGAGGAAAUUGCUCCUGUUGCUACACUAAAGCAACAAGUACAGCCUUUAAGGCCAGCGGAAUCAAAAAUUGUUCCUCUGGGAUGCCGUGAUGUUAUUCUUCCAGGAAGACAGAUUUAUGAACUGCAAUUGAACUACAACUUUAACAUCGCUAAAGCAACGGAAGUUAUUCCCAACUGUUCCUUACUUAGCGACACAUUGUACGAAUCUGAGUUCGAGUCGCAGCUUUGGAUGAUAUUUGAUUCCAACAAGCAGUUUAUUAGCGCAGGAGACGCUUAUCCUAGCAAUUAUACUGCAAAACUGGAAAAGGGAGAUUACACACUGCGGCUGCAUGUCCGUCACGAGAAGAAAGAUCUUCUUGAGAAAAUUCAGGACAUGACUGUACUGAUUGGCCAAAAACUGGCCGCUCCAAUCACUAUGGACAUUUAUGGCACUCAUAACCAAGCAUUAAUUCAGGGGAAAAAGUUGUCAAGCGCAGUCAUCCGCCAAGGCGCCACAGUACCAAUUUAUAUUUCGCCUCUCAACUCAGACAAAUGUCCAAAGACUGUUUCUGUCGGACAGUAUUUCUCGGGAACUAUUUCUUACUCUAAAGACGAACAAGGGAAGAAAGUGGGUGUCUACCCCUUCGAUUAUGUUCUCGUCGAGCCUCCCAAAAAAUCAAACGGGAACAAAACCGAAAAGGAUAGUGAAAAGGGAAAGAAUGCAAAAGAAGAAAUGGUAGAAGCCCUUAGAGAUCUCAAAAUCACUUGGCUAACAAAACUUGGUGAUUCUGGAGCAACCAGCGCUGAUAUGUAUGAAGAAUUAAGAACGGAUUUCCCAGAACAUAUUCCUAUUUACAUUGCACGGUUGCAAGCACUGGAGUCUGAGAAGGAACGAAACUUGAAGGCUAUUGUGGAAACCGCGGAUCUUGCUCUGAAAAAAAUGAAUGUGUCGGAGCUCCUGGAAUUCUAUGGCUUAAAAUCCGACACAAGAAAGGACGCAACUAAAAUCAAAAGCCGAAUGGAUAAAAAUAAAGCCUACUUGCUAGAAGCUUUGUGUAAAAAGGGGCUUGCUCUGUGUGAAAUGUAUCAAACUGCAGAAAACUUGGACGAUUCGACAACAAUUCUUGAAGAUAUAAAGACUAUAUUUAACGACGUCGUAAAAUUUGUUGAUCCGAGUGAUCUAAAGGUUAUUAAAUUUUCAAUCCACGCCGCUUUAGUGCAAAAACACCAUGGAAAAGCAUUACGUUGGGUUUAUAAACAACUGGAAGAAAAACCAACUCGUGAAGUAGACGAGAAAAUGAUCGAACUAUUUGCUGCUCUCAAGUGGUCUCACUGUGAGGAAUGUUAUGGUAGAGCAAUUCCCCUUAAAUACCCAUCAGUUUUCCGCCCUUUCUAAAGUUGUUGCGACAUUUUAAAAAUUCUUUGAUUAAAAAAGAACCAUACAUUGAAGUUAAAAAAUCGAAAAAAAAAAAAUAAACUAAAGCAAUUAAGGAAAUUUUGUUAUU